CUCUCGCUUCAGAUAUACGUUCAGCGCAGCCCAGGUCGGCAGUUUUCCAUGAAAAUCGAGGAACGCGCGGCCUUACCGACGCUGGCCAACGCAAUCGUACCAGCCGACGCGUGUCCCGAUCGUCGACAGGAUGCUGCCCCGUGCACGGUUCCACCGGUGACGAACGACGAGCACGGUGUUCAGGGUUCUCGAUCGUAUCGCGAGCGCGGAGUGCACGUGCGACAUGAUCGCUCGGAGGGAAAUCCUCUAACUCCAGACCCGUGUCCCCUAUCCACGGAUCAACGAGCCACCAGUUAACAAAGACGAUCGCAACGUUCCCUGCGACUCUGGAGAUCUCGGAGACGCGUUCAGACGCCGAGCAGCUGUGGAUACUACUAGCGCAGGCAACGAGGAAGUCGUCGCGAUGCCGACAGAGGUACACUCGUGAGGACACCGAGGCGUUCACCGUGCUACGGGGUUCCGAGACACCGCGGGAGACAAUCGAAUGAACCAGACGGCGUUCAUGACUCGCUAAGGCAAUCGCUCGCUUAUUUUUUAUUGUUCUUCAUCGGCAAACGGCUUGGCUGUGCCUGGCUCUCUCAGGAUCGGGCAAGGUGUAUCCCAGUGGCUGAGACGCAAGUACAGUGAGACGUCGCGUAUCGUACAGUGUUGAUCGUUCAGAGACCCGCACGAGCGACGAGCUUCGACACGGUUCCGGUUUCGGGUGCUGUGAAACGUUGCCGUGCAGGCUCGAACGAGAGAAGGGUGAUAUGGUGAUUGGACUCGCAUGGUCGCGUCUUCUCGCAGAGCAGAGUGAGUUUCCGCGAAGGACACAUGUUUCGUGGAGGGUGUCGGGUCGUCUCCAUUCCACUGGGUCGGUGACUGUCCGCGAUCACGAUCGGACGACGAGGAGGCUGCUCGAGGAAGUGGUGGCGCGUGGAGGGAAGAACCAGCCACGACGGGGCCCGGCGCCGGGGCACGGACAAGGCCCCCGGUGCAGGGAAGAAGCCAGGCAGAAGGGGAAACCGGGGCCGGCGUAGCAGCAACGGCCCUGAAACUACAGGGGAACCUAGCUACCCCCUUGCACAGGGGGGAAACCAGGAGGAGACCGCGCCGACGGAGGCGACGGAAAAAGAAGCGACGGAGGUGCGGCACAACUUCGUUAGCAGGGUGGACAGAGGAACGGAACGUGUCUGGUGCGGCUUGGCGCUUUGAACGAAGGUACCACACCGAAGAAGACGAAGAACUCUGAUUACCAUCUUCCCCUCCCCUCGUGUACAAGUUAGCCCCUCCCCCUCCCCCUUACCCCAGAUCAAGCCAGCGGUUUGAUAACACACGGUUCUGUAGUGCUCCAGUUUCUGGUUUUUCUUUCUCCGUUGGUGAGGUCCAGUGUGAUAUAACGGGCGAAAAGAAGAGAGAAAUAUUCGACGAUACGCGAGUGAUUCGCGACGAUGGUGGUGUGAUAAAAAAGAAAAAAAGAGUGUGUCGCGCGUGUCGUCCGAGAGUGAGAGAGGUGUCUCGCGAGGAAAGCCAACCGAGAAGAAUCGCGACGCGAAGAAGGUGAUAUUGUAUGUAUAAAUAGCUUAGGUGUAUACAUAUUUAAGGGACGAGUGACAGUGUGUGUCCGUACGCAGAGAGUACAAAAAAAAAAAAGAAACAAAGACAGAUACGAGAGGAAGUAGGCGGAUACGGAUCGUGGACAAAAGACGGAGAGUGAGAGCACGCAAAAAGACCGAGGUGGCAUUAGCAGGUGGGACAGGUGGGACAGUAGCAUGAGUUCGUACUUCGCGAAUUCGUACAUCCCGGACCUGCGUAAUGGCGGGCUGGAACACCCGCAUCAGCAUCAGCAGCCCUACGGUGCCGCCGUCCAGGUGCCCCAGCAAACCCAAUCGGUUCAGCAGCAGUCUCAGCAACCCGGGGAUCCUUGCGACCCCAGUCUCCUACGUCAGGGAGUGCCCGGCCAUCACUAUGGGGCCGCGGGCAGCCAGCAAGAUAUGCCUUAUCCGAGGUUUCCGCCGUACAAUCGGAUUGACAUGCGGAACGCGAGCUAUUAUCAGCAUCAGCAGGAGCACGGGAACAUCGAUGGCAUGGGUGGUUACAGGUCGACGUCGCCCAGCCCCGCUAUGGGCCACAUGGGACACACGCCGACCCCGAACGGACAUCCGUCCACUCCUAUUGUCUACGCGAGUUGCAAGCUUCAAGCGGCUGCGGUCGAUCAUCAGGGUAGCGUGCUCGAUGGACCGGAUAGCCCGCCGCUCGUCGAGACUCAGAUGCACCACCAGAUGCACACCCAGCAUCCUCACAUGCAGCCCCAGCAACCUCCUCAUCAGCAGCAACAGCAGCCCCAUCAACAUCUCCAAGCGCAGCAGCAGCACAUGAUGUACCAGCAGCAACAGCAGACGCAGGCGGCGACGCAACAGCCCCAACCCGGCAUGCAUCCCCAGCAACAGCAACAAGCCCCCCAGCACCAAGGGGUGGUCGCGUCGCCGCUCAGUCAGCAACAACAAGGUGCACCUCAAGGCGCGGCGAGCGCCAACCUACCGAGUCCGCUCUACCCGUGGAUGAGAAGUCAAUUCGAGAGGAAACGAGGACGACAAACGUAUACCCGAUACCAAACCUUGGAGCUGGAGAAGGAGUUCCACUUCAACCGAUACCUGACCAGGCGGCGACGCAUCGAGAUCGCGCACGCGCUCUGCCUGACGGAACGGCAAAUAAAAAUCUGGUUCCAAAACAGACGGAUGAAGUGGAAGAAGGAGAACAAGACGAAGGGCGAGCCAGGCUCGGGCGACGGCGACACCGAGAUCUCGCCGCAGACGUCGCCGCAGGGUUGAAAGAACCCCGAGGAGUGGAACUUCCAAAGAGGUCUCAUCUCUCUCAGGGUCGUUAAUACCUUGUUUCCAGCACUACCUCCUCCCCCCACCCACACGCCAGACUUGCAACCCCCGAUGACCUCCAAAUAUGACCCCCAUCCCCACCUCCCGCAACCGCCCACCCAACCCACCUAAGCCCCCAAAAAACAGCAAUGACGCUUAUUUUGUCGUGUUAAUCAAGUUGCUCGUACCAAAAAAAGGAGAAGAGAGAAGGGAUAACGGAUAUAGGGGACGAACGAAGAACGAGAAACGUACGCGGCCGACAGACAGUGUGAAGAUAUGGAAGUGAAGACGUGAACGGGACGAUGACAGAGGGACGAAAAGAAAGAGGGUGUGAGAGAGACAGAGGGAAGGGAAUGCGAGAUAAGCCGAGUGGAAGGACGAGAGACACGAGGGAAUACGGAAAGCAGAGAGGAAACGGAACGGGACACACUGAACGAGUCGGAUGAAGAUUUAUAGGGACGCGCGAUCUUCUAAUAACAAUGUAGCGGAACGUCGAGGAAACCGAAGAAGAGGGAUCGGAUCGGAAGAAAACUGGAUCACAUGCUAAUCAGAACCGCGUUAACCUCUAUUACAUUUAACCGAAUGUAAUUGUACUAAAGCCUAUGAUAAUUAUAAUAAUGAUAGAGAUAAAAAGGAAAAACGGGAGAGAAACGAAUAUACGUACUUUAAUGUCGCGAGAGUCCGUGGGAAUUGCGCGAAUGCUUGGAUCUAUAUAAUUGUAAGUAGAGUACGAAUGUGCCCGUGGAAACGUGUAAAGUGAUAUACAUAUAAAUAUAUAUAUAUAUAUAUAUAUAUAUAUAUAUAUAUAAAUAAAUAUAUAUAUACAUACAUGUAUAUGUACAUACAUGCAUAUACGUCUACGGGGAUGUCGGCAACAGGUGUUCAAAAAUUUAUGGCCGAUUCCACGUGCAAAAAUAAGACGAAAAUCAAGAAUGGAGAAAUUGCGAACAAAGCUCCGUGGCCGAGUAAUUAAUAUUGCCAAAGAUGCGCGAAAGAGGUGUCUGACAGGAAGGACUCAUUCUACUGCGGCGCGCGGACAUCGGCCAAAUGCAACGUGCCACUUGCCUCGACGUCGAUGCAAGACCUUAAAUCACUCGAGACUAUCUACACAUUUCUAUCGAUACUUUAUACAUUGAUAGCUUGAAUACAUUCCAACGAAAAAAAAUAUUCGCGCAUUGCAGAUGCGUCACGCCAUGCAGCGAGAUGUUAAUCUCCGUGCUUAAAUUUACGCGAGACCAUUCAUAUCUGACGAAUUGAAUUGUAACGUAGAGAGUAAACUUCUUUUUUUUACAAGUAAAAAGAAUGAGUGUUCGUUUACGAUUCGCCUACAGCUUACUACUGUCACCGUCCGUCACUGCGUCCGGCAGUAGAAUGAGUCCUUCGGGUCAGACAUAUCUUUACCGUGCGUUCGUUAAGGAAUUACUCGGACCCCAAGCAUGAAACGUAACUUCUUUAUUCUUGAUUUUCGUCUUAUUUCGACCCACAGAAUGGUACCUUAAGGUUUCGAACACCUGUUGCCAAGCACACCCUGUAUAUAAAGAAAAGUAUCGAGAAUGAUGCGCCACGAUGACGAGAGAAAGGGUUGAGCGAAUGUGUGCGUGUUGCGUAUCGAGCGAUUAGAGUGUUUGUUGGAAAAUACCGCGCGAAUAUACCUUAGGAAAGCGUUUUAUUAUUUAUUCUCUUACGUCGUACACGCGUAGUGUCGUAGAGCGGUUAGAUAAAUAGCGGAAGAAAGAGGACGGUCGCCCGUCGUGUCUCUGUUUAGCGAGUAGAUGAACGGUUUAGUGUUCUUAGAGGAUCGUUUAGAUAGGUUUUUCUCUACAAUACCGCGGUGGCUCAGCGAGGGUAUUUAGGAAUCGCGAACGUGCCAAGUGUGAUCUUCGAAUGUGUUUCUCCAGUGUCGGGAGGAUUCGACGUGGAAAAAGUAAAUAUGAGAAAAACGAGAGGAAAUUCCAUGGAAACAUCCGCGCGCACACACCUAUUUAAAGCAAGACGAAAACUGAAGAGCGGAGGAGCUAAAACGAGGGACGAGGAAACGUCGUGGAACCAGUGAAGUAUCAGUGUCUAUCUGUGUGCUGUAAUUGGUUAAAUUCCAGUGAUUUUUUGGUGAUCGAUCGAUCGUAUCCGUCGAUGCCAGUAUUUUUUGGCCAAUGGCGAAUCGCGACACGGGAAUGUUUCCUGUAGUGCUAAAAGAAUGAAAGAAACAGUGUUUAAGGGAGCGGAGGCCUCCGGCGGAGCAGAGUCGAACCGACUCGACAUUUCUUCAACGGUGUCGUCGCAAGGUCAGUUCCAUUAAAAUUGAUAUUUACUUGUUCUUCGAUGCGUGUAUGCGUAUACUGUACACGUUUUUUUUUUUUUUUAAUUGCCAUUUUAGUAUUCGUUUCGUAAUUUUUUUUUCAAUACUGCAUACUGCUUGAAGAACAUGUCGACGGAGACCUUAAUUAAGAGAUUCGAAUCGUUAAUUUAUUCUCGUCAGGCGUACAAUUCGAAAAUUACGGGUAACGCGUCGCCGCGUACUGUAAUUACGCUUGCACGAACGUACCCAUCGCGUUGGCGCCCGAGAGUAUGGCCCCUGCUCGAAAGAAGGCGUUUUCAACGGUCGAGGAAAUUUUCUUCGAGAAUAAUCGCGUCCCCUUCUCAUAAUUCUGUCAUACUUUUAAAAUAUUCAAAUUAGCCGUGGCUAGGAUCAUUGGUUUUCGAUUUUAGUAUUUAAAUAUUCGUGGGACAUUUUGCAUACGUUACCGUUACUCGACUCGAAACAUACUUUAUAACCUGUUUACGAUUUACCAUCUUCUUGACGUCUGUCGACUUUAUUGUAAACGCCCUUUUUUGAGAUGGGCACACCAAAUAUUUCGAAACGGUGGUUUCAAAAACUCGCGUAACUGCAUUGCGUUUUUAUUUUCUCUUGUAAAUAUUCAAAAAAGAUAAACGAAAAGAAGAAAAAAAAAACGGUGACCUCGACGAAAGAGGGAUCCUCGAUACGACCAAAACUCGAGAGGUCCUCGAGAGCUGAAAAUUUAUCGCUGCUCCGCGCGACACGAGGCCAAGUUACCAAGUGAUGUAAUUCGUAGCGUAUUUUCGGAAUAGGAUGCUUUCGGCAUGAAACCGCUUGGCACCUUAAUGGCGACUCUAGAGAGCAAAGCCGCCGACAGAAAACUCUAUUUUGCCGUCUGGCCGCGAAAUGAUUCAGAGUACCUUCUCGCCCGCCUCGUGAAACUGGCGUCAGAACCCACCGUCAAAGAACGACGCGUAACUUUUUGGAAAUGCACGUCCAGUUUCAGCGACUAGAUAUUUCAAAAGAAUUAGAGAGUUCCUCUAAAAGACCGUGUUACGAUUAGAGACGUUGGUCAGCACUCUGUUUGAUUUCACCAACAGAUUGUAAUUAAAAAUAUUUUUAAAAAAUGCAUAAAGCUAUUAAAGGGUUUCCUGACAUUCAGUUUCACGGUACACGUUUCAAUUUAACGAAUGAAAAUAAUCCAUUAUCGAGUAGCCUGAAACAGAGCAGCAGGGUGAAACUAUCCCUUUCCACUUGAAUCGCUAGUCACAUGUUCGGUGUAAACCGUGAUUUUUUUCCCAUUUGUUCGCCCGCCCGUCAAAACACGCCGAGCGGGCAUCGAACGCGUUAAGCGUGCCAAGCAGUACCAAACACCAUCUGUCGGCCCGAUCACCGAAACUCGCGAUCGACGACGCCGACGCCGACGCCGCGAACGAUCCGGGUCCGACACGUCGGAGAACUCCGCCGCGGCGAAUUCUUGUGCUGUGUUGUAAACUUAGAUCGACAUAAUUUAGUUUAUACCUUGUAUACACGCAAUUUACGAUACCACGUAAUAAACGAUAAUUAACGGAAUACGUAAUAUGUAUAGACGACGACGAAAAGACGGUAUUUAAAAGAUAAAACAAAAAAAAAAAACGAAAAAAAAAAUGUGGAAAAAUAUUAGAGCGAAACCGGCGAUCUCGCGGAUCUCUGUUAAGCGUGGAUCACGGGCUCGAGGAUCGUCGGGGAACGCCGCGACGUUCCCCGAACUUUUCCUUCGUCCCGAGGGAAAACAAAAAAAAAAGCGACCGAGGAAAAAAGAGGCGAUACGUGGCAGAGGUGGGCAGAAUUUUAUGGGAGUGAUAAUAAUUACAUUAAAUUAGCAAUAUCGUUGUAUUUGAAAUGACAUUAAUUACACGAGUAACGGCGUAUAAAUGUACAAAACAGUGAUUUAUUCGCCAUGUCCAUUUCGUUCGGUUGUCAACUAAUUUCUUCAACAUGCAACAGAUACAAAUUUUCGUACUUUAAAUCCUUAUUGGCCGUGUUUAUGUAGACAAUGAUUCUGCUCAUCUCUGAUCCAUGGAACUGAUAUACGUAAUACAUGGUCCAGCUCGCGCACGCGCAUCGAUUGAGCACCGACCGGCCUUUCUUUCUCGAGAGAUUUAUUUAUGUAUAACUUUUUGUCCUUGAGGAGCAACGAACUAUGAAAAAUGGAAUAUCUUCGACGAUCGCUCGCUGUGUCUUGUGAGCGGCUCUCUUUUUCGGGGGGUGACGAGAGGGACGCCGAACCGUACAUUUAUGGUCAGGGGUCGCGAUCCUAAAUUGCUCGGGCAAAUUGGCGCCAAUUAAACUGGAUAGCCCAUCGUGGGGUCUCGUAUCGUUGUCGGUAUGGGUUUUCGUAAAAGUUUCAACGAAAGAGAAACACCGGCGAUAAAUGGAUCUUUGGUUUUCAUACUAAAUUACUUCUGCGAAUCCACUUUCCGCGAUCGCUUUGCUCUGAAAAAUUCUUCGUCGAAAUAUUAUUAUUUCAUUUUAGACAACUUUUCUCUCAGACGUUUUCACUGCUUUGUCGUUGCUUUCUCGUUCGUUCAGCCGAUCAAACAAUAAAGCGUAAGCGUGUUUUCGAUCGUAUAUCAGCUCGAUUAGCAAAUUUCCUCUCCGUUUGUCGAGAAGCCAGGUCCCCAACACGUUGUAUCGAUUACGAUUUAUAACUCUCGCGAUAAAUCGAUUAACCUCACACGAUUCGGGCCCCCAUUUUUGCGCGUUUCGCGGUAGGUAAGUGAGACACGCGUUAAUUCUGGGUACAUUAAUCAGCGAUAGCAUCUAUGUAGGCCAGGUAAUGGCCGGCAUUGAAGCGUAGGGUGCGGCUUUCGAGACAAAGGAAGUAUUUAUUGCCCUUGCGUCACGGUAUCAACUGUUACGACACGAUGGUCAACAGUGCAGGCGAAAUUUCACGCAUAAAUGCCUGCCUGACAAACCGUUUUCUGCGACUUCUCGCGGUCCCUAGGUUCGCAACAUUAAUCCUCGAAUGUUUUAGCCGAUUGGCAAAGGUACGCUGCGUCGUUGUGUCUCAAUCCGUAAGCUCACGGUUGGAAAUCGACGAUUGGAAACGCUCCUUCGAGGGUUCUUUAUCUGCAGAAAUGAAAAGAUCGUUCGGUAUCCAUUUGUGAAUUUAUCGCCGAUAUUUCUCUCGCCGGGUAUUUGACACGUGGACAAACCGAAUUGUGCAAUAAUCGCGCGGCAUACGUUCUACUCAAUAUUCCGUUUAGUCGAUCGCUGAUCCCUGACACGGAAUCCAAUCUUUUCGAAAUUCUCUGAAAUUUACGAUUACAAAUGACACAGUCGGGGAUUAAUUUGAAAAUUGCGAGCGAUCGUUUGAAAAGUAAAUCACUUCCCAAACCUGAUGGGCGAGUCGCGAAGAGACCAUCACCAGGAGAGCGAUCGUCGCGAGCGCCAGUUUUUAAGCUUGAAAUGAAAAUUUUUGUAUCCAUUGGAUAGCAAAACUCCUACUUAUAUAUAGAGUAAAUAUAUAUAUAUAUAAAAAUGCGUCGAAAAUAAACGGGAAAAGAGCAGAAUUCCUAGCGUUGAUCGGAACGUGUAAAAUGCAAAUUAUAUAUUUUAUCUUUACUCUUAUAUAGUCGCGUAAAAUUACCGUUAUACGUAAUUUAAACGAUGAAAUAAAAAAAGAAAAAAAAGGAAGGAAGAGGAACGAAGCAAAGCGAGUGAUUGUGUGUAAAGUUAAAGCGAAGAGGCAAAGAGGAUUUUUGAGAGAGAACGUAAGCGAGAAAGAGAAAGGAAGUAACGAGUAACAACAGUGUGUACGUACGAAGUGAGUCACUAAGCUAGCGCUUAAUCGGUAAGGUUAACGUCUAAAGCCCUAAGUCUUAAGAUGAUAAUUAAAUAGGAUUAAGGAAACGGGCAUGUCGAUUGCAGCGAGCGGGGGCGGUGGUCAUGGAUGCAGAAAAUAAA